GGUCCCUGUCCGUGCGGUGCAGCAGGUCGGUAGGCGGGAAAUGGCGACUGGCUGAAGGAGCUGGUUCUGUUGCUGCUGAGGGAUAAGCGGGAAAGACACCACCUAUUGCGCAGUCGGGACCAUCGCCGGAGCCUGAAGACACUUUUCUGUCGUCACAGUGAAGGUUUACAUGUGGCACCCAUAAAAGAUGAAGCUGAGAACACGGAAGGCUUCUCAGCAAUCCAGUCCAAUCCAAACACAGCGCACUGCCAGAGCAAAAAGGAAAUACUCAGAGGUUGAUGAUAGCUUACCUUCGGGAGGAGAAAAACCAUCAAAGAAUGAAACUGGCUUAUUGUCCUCAAUUAAAAAAUUCAUUAAAGGAAGCACACCCAAGGAAGAGAGAGAAAAUCCUUUGAAACGGAGUAGAAUUGAACGUGAUAUAGAUAAUAAUUUGAUUUCAUCAACACCAAGAGCUGGAGAAAAGCCUAACAAGCAGUUGUCUCGAGUAAGACGGAAAAGUCCAGUCAAUGGAGAAGCUGGUAGUUAUGAAAUGACAAAUCAACAUAUAAAACAAAAUGGGAAAUUAGAAGAUAACCCUUCUGCAGGUAGCCCACCAAGGACUACAUUGCUGGGGACCAUAUUUUCUCCUGUCUUCAACUUUUUUUCACCAGCAAAUAAAAAUGGAACGUCAGGCUCGGAUUCCCCGGGACAGGCUGUGGAAGCUGAGGAGAUAGUAAAGCAACUUGAUAUGGAACAGGUGGAUGAAAUCACUACCAGCACAACGUCAGCUAAUGGAGCAGCUUACUCAAGUCAAGCAGUUCAAGUGAGGCCAUCGAUAAAUAAUGGUUUAGAAGAAGCAGAAGAAACAGUUACCCGCGAUAUCCCACCUCUUACCGCACCAGUAACUCCAGAGAGUGGUUACUCGUCAGCCCAUGCAGAGGCCACCUAUGAGGAAGACUGGGAAGUAUUUGACCCCUAUUAUUUCAUCAAACAUGUUCCGCCUCUGACAGAAGAACAACUAAAUAGGAAACCUGCUCUUCCUUUGAAAACGAGAAGCACACCAGAGUUCUCCCUGGUCUUAGAUUUGGAUGAAACACUAGUGCACUGUAGUCUGAAUGAGCUAGAAGAUGCAGCACUUACUUUUCCAGUCCUUUUCCAAGAUGUCAUUUAUCAGGUUUAUGUGAGAUUAAGACCAUUCUUCAGGGAAUUCCUUGAACGAAUGUCUCAGAUGUAUGAGAUCAUUCUUUUUACUGCUUCUAAGAAGGUGUAUGCAGACAAGUUACUGAACAUACUAGACCCUAAAAAGCAACUGGUCAGGCAUCGGCUUUUCCGAGAACAUUGUGUUUGUGUACAAGGAAACUAUAUAAAGGACUUAAAUAUCCUUGGGAGAGAUCUUUCCAAAACUAUAAUAAUUGACAACUCACCACAAGCCUUUGCCUAUCAGCUUUCUAAUGGAAUUCCUAUAGAAAGCUGGUUUAUGGAUAAAAAUGACAAUGAACUCCUAAAAUUGAUUCCAUUUCUGGAGAAGCUUGUAGAAAUGAAUGAAGAUGUCCGGCCUCACAUCAGAGACAGAUUUCGCUUGCAUGAUUUGCUGCCCCCAGAUUAAGUUCAGAGACUUGUCAGAUCACUGAGGGGGGAGAGAGAAUGCAGGACCCUUUGGACUAAGACAAAAACAUUGCCAUUACUGUUGAAAUUUUGCAUUUUUGUACCCCGUCUUGCUUUUCUUAUCUUUGGUGCCCAAUAAUAAUCAAGGGUUACAGAAAGAGACUAUCUGUCUCAGAUUGAACACAUACAGUGGGUAGGCUAAAACAGAAGUGUCUGUAGAGCUAGUACAACUCCAGUGAAACUUUCUGUGUGCAGGACAUCUGCAGUUUAUAAAGAAUUCUGUUUUCUGCCACCAGCAGUCUGACCUGUAGUACACAGGAUUUUAUGAUAAUAACAGAGGUGAAAGUGGACGUUCAUUUUCCCUCUGUUUGGUGCUCUCAGUGGGUUUGUAGCCACUUUUCUGUUACUUUACGAUUCUCAUUUCAACAGGAAUGGCCAGUAAAAGUUGUUUUAUUUUUCCUGUUCAGGUUUAUAACCUUUUUACACUUCUGACCUGUAUUAGAUUAGACUCUCAUGAUGCAUUCCUUUUAGUUGAGGCGCUUCAGUUUUCUGGAAAUAGUCAAUUUUUAGUUUUUGACACACACACACACAUUUGAAUGGCCGUUUUCCUGCUUUGUCUGCCUGCAUAUUGUAUAUUUGUUUAAAAAUAUUCUCUUUUAGUCCAUGUAAGUUUCAUUUUUAAAAAACAUGCAUUUAUAUUUUGUUCUGUAAUAUUCUACUGUAGGUAAAAUCUUCAAAAAUCAAGAGACUGGGUAGGUAAGAAUAUAUGAAUGACUAAUAUUCACGCGAUUUGAACCAUUGUGAUGACAUGUAUUCCAGAUGGUAAUAUCUUGUAAUGGCACACAUGGAAUGGAUAAAGGUAUACCUCAGACUUCACUGUGCUCACCAUUGAGGAGAAUGAGUUCAGUCUCCUGUCGGGCUUGAUUCAGUUACUGCUGCCUUUGGUUUUCUCCAGGAAUGAAGUAUUCAGCACAGUGACUCAGUAUUUGCUUUGCAUGGGCUGGUGGUCCCUCUGUUACACUCUCAGUUACAAUCAGUUUAAAACUCUGUGUAACAGGCUUGGUACCUAACUGUAGCUAUGCAUACCCGUGGCUCAGUACACUCCCAGCCACCCGUGCAGUUAGUCUGCUCACAGCGGUUUUCUGUGCUGUGUGGGAAUAGUCGUCACGCCUUGGUUCUCUAAUGCAGCUACCACAAGAGGUUGAUAUUUUUAUAGUGGCGUGUAAUCUCCUUUUCAGGGGCUUUUUAUGGAAGGUAGAAUUUGUAAGAGUUAGUAUGCUUUGCCUCUCAACUGCAUUGACAUGCCGCAGGCUCAGACUGUUUUUGUGUAAAGGAUGUCAAAGAACGGCACUUUUUCUAAAGAGAACUUUGAUAUUUUGUAUGCUUGUUAAGAAAGUACAGUAUUGGAAAUUAAAGGUGGACAACUGAUAAUUGAGGAGUAUGUCAGUUAAUUUUUUAUGUAUAUUACCUGUUUACUUGUACAACUUCUUGUACAAAUUACAUGCAGCUUCAUUUUCAAAUGAAUCCUUAAAAUAAGGAAAUCUUUUUAGGAAAACAUUUAAUUUUUGUAUUUUUGAUUUUAAAGGCAUGAGUUGUCAGUUUUCAGUGUAUUAAUGAAGAUUUUAACUUUUCAUCAGGUUGAGUGUUUUCUUAUUAUCUGUUAUGUAUGUAGUUAGCAUAUUGUGUCACUGAACUGUUUAAAAAUCUAGCAUGUAGAGCAAGCCUGUUUUGUGGAAAAUCUUUAUUCAUUAAAAAAAUAAUCAUGGCAGAUUUUCUGCAAAAAAAAAAAGCAAAAGCAUUUGCAAUUCAGAAUACUGAUUUUUUAUUUUAAAAAAGGGUAUUUUGCUUGCAGGAACAAUACUACAGAUUCAUUUUAAUGAGAAUCUUUUAAAUGUAUUUAUCUUUAGGGCACCUGGGCAUCUUUAUGCUGUUUGUCUUAUGUCUUUCUUGAAAUAAAAUGUACAUACGUUACCUUUACAUAUGCUCUUGCUCAAAAUUGUGAACCUAGUUAAUUUCUUCCUGACCCCCAUCAUUUUUAUGCUUCUUUAGCAAACCCCGAACCUACACAAGAUCUGAAUUUUUGACAUGCAUAAUUGUUGAAAGCUUUCCUGACUAAGUGAAUACAGUCUCAAAGCCCUUCUCACAACUUUAAGGGGAAAUGUAAACACUUACACCAUUGUGUCUCUGGGCACUUUGAUAAUAAAAGCAGACCCGUUUGAGGAGGGCUCCUUUAAAGUCAGCUGAUAGAUGACUCAAGAAUGAUAGAGAAAACACAUUGUGAGAAAGUUUAUAUGACCAAAUUAAUACAUUGUUUUUCCAUUACUUUAUUUGGGUAAUUCUAAAGUUAUUGAUACAAAGUUUAAAACAAAUUACAAAUAAUUUAUCCAGCUAUUUCCCUUCUCAGUAGAUUAUCUUCCAGUCAUAUCUUUCCUUUGUUGGUUAGCUGUAGAACACUUCCAUUUAGUUACUCUUUAAUUGAGACGCGCCCAACUGUCAGUGGACACAACAAACAUGCCUGUAGUAAAUGUAGGGGCAGUGGAUCCAUGAGGCAUAGCAAGCUACCUGUGUACACAUUACAACUCUUAAGGACCUAUUAAAAUUGUGCUAUUUCCAGUUCUGAAUGUUUGACUUUAAGACAUUCUUUUAAAUAUUUGUAUCAUUGUUAGAGGAUGUUUUAAUUGGUUGUAUUUUUUAAUCCCAUGUAAUAUAUGUAGUCCUGACCAGAUUUACUACCAUUUUUCUGGGUCCUAAAAGAGAAUCGAUGACAAUUCGUAACCAGAAAUUGUUUUAUAUUUGCUAGUAUGUAUAUUUAUUUAUCCAAUGGCUUUAUUUGUUUCCCAAAAUUGUGUUGGGACUUGUUGAAAGCUUGUGUGACUUCUAUAAAUGGCUAUUUUCUUGUAACUGUCGGUGAUAUGGAUGUGUACAUUGUUUUAUAGAUAUACAUAUAUAUAUAUAUAUUUCUGGGGGUAAGUUUUUUUUAGGGUUUACAAUGUUUUUUUGUUUUUUAAGUUACCUUUUGCCAAUGACUUUCUGCUAGCUUUUGCUUCAUUCAGCCUUCUAAUGGAGUUCAUUCUUAUUCUGUUGUCAACUUGGCUGUAAGAGAGACUUCAUCUCAUCAGUGAAGAAGGUGUUUCAUUAUUCCUACAAGUCUUACAGCAAGCACAGAUUCUUCAUAAGGAUCGGAUCUCUUCCACGUCUGUGUCAGUCACAUAAAGGACACUGAAGCCUUCGUUUCCUUGUACUGAUAUGAUGGUGUUAUACACUACAUCACUAGCUAGUUAAGGUUUUGUGACCUGACCUCUUUGUCUUCCUAGGUAUUUAUUUGUUACCUCUUUAAAUCUUGUGUGUCUAAAUUAACUUAGAAUAGUUACCCACCGAAUAACUAUGCCAAGAACUAGGAAAGAAUGUUUAUUUUAUUUCCCCUUAUAGGGGAAGAGUGGACUGGGAACAAAAAUGUAAGGCCAAGAGGCCUUAGGUUGUCGUUCAUUCACUUUCUUAUUCCUCUCAUGGGCUGUAUUUGAAAUUUUUUUUUCUUCAGUGCUAAUGUAUUUGAUUAUACCAUUGCUUUUCAUGUCUUCCCUUGAGUUGAAAACCUGCUAGGAAUUUGUAUGAAAUACCUUAAAAAGUUUUCAGAGUUAAAACUCAGUUCCUUAUAUUCAAAUCCUACUUAAAUUAUUGAAAUUCAGGUCACAUACAUUUUCACAAAAUGUUUCUCUGUUAUCUUGAGAUUUCAUUGUAAAUCAAUUUAGUCAACAGACAUGUUUUGAGAUCUUUUUUAAAAAGAAUUAAGGGAAUGAGAGCAAGUUUAUUCUAAUUUAUGGUCUAAUACUAUUGUUUUAAGAUACAUAGUGAUUCCCAAACCAGCAUGUUCAUCAGAAUUACUCUGAGGAGCUUUUUGAACUGCAAACUCCUGAAGCCUGCCCCUGGGAAGCCUUCUCGUUGUGUCAGGAGCACGGCUGGGAACAGUUCCCGUUUUUAAAGUUCUCCUACUGAUUUAAGUAGACAGCUGUGGUAUGUCCCUGCUCUACAUAGUGUGGUUUGAGAUAGGCUGCAGAAGUUCCCCAGUCAUCUCUGGGCUAGUUUGUUUUUCCUUUUUUCCCCUUCUUUCUUUUUAAGUCCUGGGACCAGAUUUCACAGAACUUAUUCAAGAUCCGAGGAGGAAUAAUGAAGAUUGAGGCUACUGCUCAUUAUUAUUUUUGUUAUUCAUACUUUUUAAAGAGUUUGCAUUUAUAGAGCUCUGAAUAGCUGAUCAUUUACGUAGCUGAAGGACAUGUCCCUGAAUGAGACCAUUAUAUAUAGUAACUAAAAUAUUUCACUAUUUUUUUAUUUUAUAAAUCUUUGUAGAAAUGAGCAAUGAAAUGCUACUUUCAUCUUUUGAAAUGGGAUUUUUCAAGGUAGUGUCCUUUUGGCAUUAAGGUAGGGAGGAGUUAAUAUUCUCUCUGCUUAUUUCCACAUGAAUCAAUAUGAAGUUAUGGACAUUUAAAAAUCUCAAUUUAAUUUCUACUUAUUUACUAUGCAGUAUAGCCGUGAACAAGUAAUGUAGAUUUAGUUUUCUCAUCUUCAAAUGCCCUGAUCACCCUACCUCACAGGGUUGUUGUGGGGAUAAAUAAAACU